GAAGCACAUUUCAAAAUAACUGUAUUAUUCAGUUAGUAAGUAUAUGGUUAUUAGAGAAUAGUUUCAUUUGUAACUGGGCUAGCUGACUAGCCAUGUAGCCGUUGGCAUCGUAGUAGUACUGUAUCUCCGGAAGUGAGUUGUCACAUUAGCCAAUUCUUGCUGGUAUUUGUAGUUCAACGUUUUCCUGUUAAACUAUGAUUGUAAUAGAAAGAGCUUGAGUCAUGAACUACAUUUUCUUAUGACAGGAUUUAAGGCGCGCUUCGCUUGAGUUGUGGGAAAUGUAGUUACAUAAAUUCAUGCUAGGGCCGCUGCAGGUUAACUGAAGCUUCAAUAAAACUACAUAACCCAUAGAAGCGGUAAUUUGGGCCAAAGGUUGACUUGUUAGCUACUCUGAGGGCUAAUUUGUAAGCUAACAAUGUCAGAAGGGGACAGUGUUGGAGAGUCAAUCCAUGGGAAACCAUCUGUAGUCGCUGUCUUUUUCACACGGAUUGGACAGAUCUAUCAGUCAUGGCUAGACAAGUCAACGCCAUUCUAUGCAGUGCGAUGGGCAGCAACUCUACUACUCACUGCUGUCUACAUGAUCAGAGUGUACAUACUACAGGGUUGGUAUAUAGUAACAUAUGCUUUGGGAAUCUACCAUCUCAACCUGUUCAUUGCUUUUCUAUCGCCAAAAGUGGAUCCUUCACUGCUUGAAGAAGAUGAGGGCCCAUCCCUUCCUACCAAGCAGAACGAGGAGUUCCGCCCUUUCAUCAGGAGGUUGCCUGAAUUCAAAUUCUGGCAUUCGGCGACAAAAGGCAUCGUCAUCGCCAUGAUUUGCACAUUUUUUGAUGCCUUCAAUGUGCCAGUGUUCUGGCCUAUACUUGUCAUGUACUUCAUCAUGCUCUUCUGCAUCACCAUGAAGAGGCAGAUCAAGCACAUGAUCAAGUACAGAUACCUGCCCUUCACACAUGGGAAGAGGACAUACAAAGGCAAGGAAGACACAGGGAAAGCUUUUGCUAGUUAAAAACCACAUAACCUCCCCCUCCUUCUCAUUUGAAAUUUAUCUGUCACAGCUAGUGAGGAGUGACCAGGGUUAGAGUUUUAUUUUCUUUUUUUGUAAGCCGGACAGUUACAUGAAAACAUAACUUGAAAAAUACAACUUUUGAUCCGUGGUUCACAGUGAAGGUUGAGGAGCAGCACGGAUCAAAUUGAUCGGGGAAUAUUGCCUUUGUCUGUUAGGGUAGUUUUCUUUUCUUUUUUUUUUCUUUUUUUUUGUGAGGACCACUAUCCUCAUUUUAGGAUUGGUCUGGAUUUGUUCUGUAGUAGGUGAGACUCAGUGCUGCCUUUUGCCUUUUUAACCCCAUGGGGUAAGUAUAAAGUCAUCAAGAAUGAACCACACUGGGGGAAAAAAAAAAAAUGCAGUAUAAUUUUUUUUUCUUCUGAUCCCAGUACACAAGUGAGAUAAAUCUGCCAACCUUUGAUUUAAUAUAUUGGUACUGAUUUAUUUGUAAAAAAAAAAAAAAAUAAUAAUAAACAUUGAAAGUCAGUAGUGUUAGCAGCAAAAUAACAUGAUUAGAUGUGUAAGAAGAAAUGAAGGAAAUGCAACAGUCUUCAAGUUGAAUCAUUUCAUCUUUUGUGAUAAAAGUGUGUGGCUGCACUGACUUACAAAUGUCUCAGUCAGUUGUCCUAAAUGCAGACACAUAAAUUAAUCACAUUUCACUUCAAUAUACAUUCAUGAUAGUCAAAAAAAAUGUCUAUCAUAAUUCAUCUCUUGAAUGAUUAAACUCAGCACAAAUAAUAUUUAAUCAAUGUUUAUCUUGAAUUGGCAACUGCGUCCCUAUGUAUUACGUGAUUCUGACUACAAUAAGAUCAGUAUCAUUGAUUUUCAGUGACUUUGUUUGAAUCUUCAGCCACCCACCACAUCACAGUGCAUAAUUUAGAAUGAGUGUUACUAACCCUAACCCUAUUUAGUCUCCUAUAGCCUGUAGUCUAACUUUAAAUCUGUUCUUUCCACUGUUGCGCCUUUGUUAUAUUUUACAGACAGGAUACUGUGUCAUUGAACUCCCAUAUAAACCAGGCUUCUUCUUCAUUCUUUUAGGGGGGAUUUAGCUUGCAAUGGCAAAUAAAUGACUUUGCUUUACCUCAGAUUUUCACACCAUUAUGUGGAUAAUUAUUCAAGAUGUAAUGUUUCUUCAAACUGCACAACCAGUAUUCAAGGCCAAGUCAUAAUGUGGUCUAAUCUGAGAUAAUAGUAAAGCAAUCACACAUUUACCACAAUGACCUUCUGACUUUGAAAUAUCUAACCAUCUGUGUUUCAAGGCCUGGGGUCCACUUGAUUUGUGUAGACCAUCUGUUGUACUCUAAUUUGUGUUUACUUUGAAAAAAGUCAUAGUAAAUAUAGUCAUUCCAAGCAAACCUUUGUUCUCUUUCUUUUGCAGAGGAGACAUAAGAAAACAGAGAUUGAGAGCUUUUAUUAAAACAAAUGGAUGAAGUGGGUGGUGAUCACAUUUUCUUUACUAUUAACUUGUUGAUUUUUUUUUUCCUCCAUUUUUGUCAUGCUGAGGAUUAUCUGUCAUUACAAAACUUUGAUCAGCACUGCAGUAAGGGAUCAAAACAUUUUCCUGUAAAAAGUUUGUGUUUCAAAAGACUGUCUGGAGGAUUUGUGUAUAUAUACAUAUAUAUAUAUAUAUAUAUAUUUUAAAAUGAUUUUUGUUUUUUUUUUUUUGUUUUUUUAGAUUAUUUUUAUUUUUUGUUUUUCUUCCAGCCACCAUACUGUUUCCAAGUGUUUAAAUCCACUUCUGUUGAAAUUGGUGAAAGCAGAACUGGUUAACUGGGUUCUAGAUUUGAUGGAUUAAAUAUUGUUUCCCAUGGAUUUGCAUGUCAUUGUUUUCUUGUGCUACAGAUAUCAACAAAAACAUGAUUUUAAUAACUUAAGUGUAAUUUUUUCACUCCAAAUGCUAUUAAAAAGGCCGUGUUCCUCCAAACAGUA